CACGUAGACUUCUACAAAGCCCAUGUGAAAUUUGUGUCGAUCAUGCAACUCACCGUGAAACGUUUCAAUGUUGCUCGCCAUGGCCUUCUUUGCCAAGAAAUGGGUUACCAUUCAACGCCGCUCGCACUAUUUAGCUUGUGGGUUGCGAGAUUAUAUUGGUAAGCCAAUUUGAGAGCAUUUGCUACGUUUUUAUGCAUACUGUUUGAUCGGAACAACUCGUAGCCAUGACGACAAAGACGUUUGUCAUGUACCCGUCGCUGGGCGUCGGCCACCUGAACCCCAUGGUGGAGCUAGCCAAGCACCUGCGCCGCCGCGGCCUCGGUGUCGUCGUCGCGGUGAUUGACCCGCCCAACAACGACGCCGUGUCGGCCGACGCGAUGGCGCGCCUCGCCGCGGCCAACCCUUCCAUCACGUUUCGCCUCCUGCCGGCACCGGACAGUCCUGACGUCGGCGCGCACCCGAUCAAGCGCAGCCACGACACGCUCAAGCUCGCCAACCCCGUGCUCCGGGAGUUCCUCCGCUCGCUGCCCGCCGUCGACGCACUCCUGCUCGACAUGUUCUGCGUCGACGCGCUCGACGUCGCGGCCGAGCUCGCCAUCCCCGCGUACUUCUUCUUCCCAUCCCAGGCCAGCGCCCUUGCCGUCUUUCUCCACCUCCCGUAUUACUACCCCAAUCUGCCGACAUUUAUGGAGAUGGGCAAGGCGGCGCUCCUCCGCUUUCCCGGGAUGCCGCCGAUCCGCACCGUCGACAUGCCGGCGAUGUUGCGGGACAAGGAUAGCGAGGCGACCAAGGUUAGGUUGUAUCAAUUCAAGCGGAUGACGGAAGCGAAGGGCGUGCUGGUGAACAGCUUCGACUGGCUGCAGCCCAAGGCCCUGAAAGCGCUCGCCGCCGGCGUCUGCGUUCCCGACAAGCCCACGCCGAGGGUCUACUGCAUCGGGCCACUGGUCGACGCCGGCAGGAAAUCAAGGAUCGGCGGCGAGAGGCACGCGUGCCUCGCGUGGCUGGACGCCCAGCCGCGGCGGAGCGUCGUGUUCCUCUGCUUCGGCAGCCAGGGCGCGUUCCCGGAGGCGCAGCUGUUGGAGAUAGCUCGUGGGCUGGAGAGCUCCGGCCACCGAUUCCUGUGGACCGUGAGGAGCCCACCGGAGGAGCAGUCCACAUCACCGGAGCCGGACCUGGAGCGACUGCUUCCGGCGGGGUUCUUGGAGAGGACGAAGGACAGAGGCAUGGUGGUCAAGAACUGGGUGCCACAGGCGGAGGUGGUGCAGCACGAGGCGGUCGGCGCGUUCGUGACGCACUGCGGGUGGAACUCGACGCUGGAGGCGAUCAUGUCGGCGCUGCCGAUGAUAUGUUGGCCGCUGUACGCGGAGCAGGCGAUGAACAAGGUGAUCAUGGUGGAGGAGAUGAAGAUCGCCGUGUCGCUUGACGGGUACGAGGAAGGAGGGUUGGUGAAGGCUGAGGAAGUGGAGGCGAAGGUGAGGCUGGUGAUGGAGACCGAGGAAGGGAGGAAGCUCAGGGAGAAACUGGUGGAGACGAGGGACAUGGCGUUGGAUGCCAUCACGGAAGGUGGAUCUUCUGAAAUGGCAUUUGAUAAGUUCAUGAGAGAUUUGGAGGAGAGCAGCUUGGAGAAUGGAGUUCGUAGCUGAUUAAGCAGAGUAAGGCUCACGAUUGCAUUAGUGUAUCAAUGGCGUCAGUUACCAUGAAAUGUUUGCGAUUUUUGCUACGGAAUUGCUAUUAAGUUCAGAAGCACAGUAGUGCGCAUAGUGAUGUUCUUUUCAUCCUCCAAUGACGGAUGCCAUUGUCUCUCGUGUCCAAAAGUUGCAGUGUCAACCAUUUCUGUAUAAGAAGAUUAAAAUAAUGCAGUCUUCAAACCUGACCAA